CUCCCUCUCUCCCUGUAUCCCAACUCCCAUCACAUUUCCUUUCACUUUCCCUCCACAAUUCACUCAAUAUCAAAAUUUCAAUUCUCUCAACGCUAAGAAAAAAAAUGAUCCAAUUCGAGUCGAAUUCAAAUUCCGCCACCACCGACCAUCCAAAACCACCGGACACUUUCCAACAAAUGUUAACAGAAUCCGUCCACAGGUUUUUAACCGAAUACAGUAACGGCGCAACCGAUUUCUCUAGUUUCACCUCCAUUUUCUCUCGAUUGCUUCAGAAUUUAUCCGAUCCACCCCUCGAAUUCAUCUGGUUUUACUCCGCUGUGUCUUUCCACUCCACUAAUAAAUUUAACUCUCCAAAUUCAAUCUCUUCUUCCAAAGACCUUUUCCAGCUUGUGGUUUCCUGCUCCACUUCCUGCAACGCCGUUAAAAGAAUCUCCGUACUUGCUCCCGUUAUUUACGAGCUGAACCGUUUAGCUUUCCAUCAAAAAGAGUUGAAGAGGGAAGUGGAGAGUUUGUUAGAAGGGAUUGUGAGUUACAUUAGCAUAUGUUGCGGUGUCGAAGCUGAGGGAAACGACGAUUUGAGUUCUUGUUUUGUGGAUUUGUUGCGCGUUUGGAUGGUGGAUAGAAUUGGGGAGGAUAGAGGUCAAAAGAGAGAUGAUUUGAAGGUUUUUUUUCCAAUUGUCAGUGAGGAAGUUCGAAAAACGAUUGGUGGAGGAUGUCGGGUUCGAUAUUUGGCUGGUGUCGUUAUGUGUCAAGCUUUUCUUCUGAGGUUGUGCUUGAAAUUUGGGUCUGGGAUUCCAAAACUGGAGUUGGAGAAAGAUGUGCAUGAUUGUGCGGUUCAAAUGAUAACUGGGUUUCGAAAUUUUUACUUUUUGGAUAUCCUUUUCAGGAUGCUGUUGGAACCCCUUUUACCUGUCACCUCUCUACUGGGCCAUGGAAAUGAAGUUCUUUUAAGAGAAAUUUUAUAUGAUGCUGUGAUAAAGAUGGACCACACAUUCCUCAGUCCACAGGUGGGGAUUCUGCUACCUGGCAAACAACUAAAAAAUCUUGCAUUGAUAUGGUCCCUUGUUGCUAACAAUGCCAUACAGUCGGCAAGGGAGAAUGGUAACCAGACAAAAGCUAGCUCUUACAUAAAUGCUUUCUUUGAAUCCUGCCUACCUUCUCAGUUGAUCAAGUGGGUUGCCAGUCAGACUGGGAUGGCGGACAAAGCAAGGAGCUUGAAUGUUUCCACUCCUGUAGCUUUUAUCAAGUGGCUACUCAUCAUUGAAGAUCAAGGGGUGAGAGUAUUUGAAUGUGACAUCUCCAAGGUUUAUGCCAAGGCUGUGCUUUGCAAGUCAAGGGUUGAAUAUGAGAUCCCAGUUGUUAGGACCAAUGGCAAAAAUAUGGGUGAAAAUCUUGUUUACAUGGUUUGUGAAGGGAAAGAAGCCAAGAAAGCUGAUGGUGAUGUAGAGAUGAUUGAUUCUAUGGAAAUUGUUUCCUUUGCUCCUCCUGGCUUAAUGAAACCAGCAGCAACAGAUGGUGUAAGAAAACGUAAAGAAGGGAGCAACAUUGAAGAGGAAAUACCAGUUAAGUUUGUCAAGUAUCAGUUACAAGAAAAUUUAGUAAGAGAUGAGCUGUUGUUGUUGGCUAAUGAUGAUGGCUUGAGUAGUGGGAGCAAGGUUGAAACUCCAGCUUCGGAUGAAGAUACUAGAGAUAUGGAAAAAUAAUUUCGGAUUAAGGCAACAAAUUGAUUGCAGUAACCAAAAUAAUUUUGGUGAUAGUGGUUCCCGAGAUAGUUUAUGGUGAAUGCUGUUUCAUUUGAUUUGGAAUCAAGAGUAAAUGAGAAAGUUCUGCAACUGAAUUUCACUAUGGCCUCAAGUAUAUCUGAGGCUGGUUGCAUGCUGAUAAAGAUAGAGAAGCUGCUCGUGAUCUUUUUGUCCAUUUGCUGACCUAGUUUACAAUUCAGCUUUACAUGCUGAUUGCCUUAGUUUUAUCAAUGUUGGAAGGCUUUGUAGCUGAAGAAGUCAGAAAUUUUCCAUUGGAUGAUGGCUUCUCAUUUCAGCAUCAGCUCUUAAUUUUCCUCUUGAAUUGUUCAUUACGCCGUUGUAGGGGAAAUAUCUGAGUUUGAUUGUAGUAUAGGAUCUACAAACAGUAAUCAAGUAGUAAUAGAAGUGAAAAUAACUGCCAAUAUAUUGGAGAAUGCAUGGAUAAUGUGCUUUAGUGCAUACUCUCUUGAUUGCUGGCUUCGGGCAUUUGCAGGCUGAAUCAAUUCCCUUGUUGAGUUUGGGGCCUUCUGGGCCGGGCUGAGCUUGAAUAUCGACUAUUCAAACUCACAAACAAUACUUCUUCCAAAAACAUUAGGCUGGGCCGCAGAGCUCGUUCUCAUUUUGC